AGCAUUAGAUCCACCGCCACUCCAUUGUCUCCUUCACAAAGCGAAUCGGUCUAGGUUGGCUGCCGAAUCUGUGGAAAUCGCAUCCAGACUCAGCGGAAACUUCUGUCAUGCCAAGCUCUUUUAAAUCCCAAGUGAUACUAUCGAUUGGCAAUCAACAUGACCAACCUCAUCAUUUCAGGAAGGAUCGCUGCAUGGAUGAUGCUAAUGGUUCAUGCAAAGGGAAGAAUUUAGAAUUUGUAUCAGGUUGUAGUGAAAGGAAUUUGAGGGGGAAAUUGGAUGAUGAGGAUGAUGGGAUCACUUGUUCACAAGAGGCUUGUUAUGCAGGUAGCCAAAGUAAGGCACAAAUUACAACCAGCAAGUGUGUGGAAGUUGAGGUUUCAACAGGCUCAAGUUCAAGUUCAAGUUUAGUAGAUAUUGCAAAUGAAUCUUCCAACCAUAUUUCUUUAGGUGCUCAUGAGGAUGCCCCUCUAUCUACCCAAGGAAGACUAGAGAGCAGAGAUGAUCUUCAUGAUGUUGAGAAUAUAAGUACUAUCACAGGGAGUAAUGUCAGGGAAGGUGGCUGUAUAGAGAGAGUAAGCAACAGCCUAUCAUCAGAUAGGACAAAUAAGGGAAGUUACACGAGUACAAAACUAACACAAGCAUCUAAGAUGCAAUGGCCAAAGUUCACAGUGUCUCACAUGUUGAGUUUGUCGAGCAUGGAGAAAGUGAUGAAUUAUUACCGUGUUUUGAAUUUGGCUGAUGACUUGAAUGAUGAGGAUCUACGUUGUUUCUUGGAGGAACAGCUUUCCAAGGAGAAAGCUGGGUUGUCAGAGACGACCAUUACGAACCGUUUGAGAACAAAACUCCAUGUAUCGGAAACAGUGCGCGAACCCGAUAGUUGCAGCAUUUGCAUGAUUGAAUACAAGGACCAAGACAAAAUUGCGAGUUUAUAUUACUGCCCUCAUGAUUUUCAUUCAGACUGCAUAAAGGAGUGGCUUCUGAAGAACAACCUUUGCCCGAUGUGCAGGGCACUAGCUAUAAUCCCAGAAGACUAUCCCUGUUGGGAUGGUGAUGUGCGGUUACACCAAGCAUUCUUUGUGCAUUUGAAGCUUACAGCUUGAAAAGGGCUUCUGGGUUUAGGAGAUUUACAAAUAAAGGGGUUGCUGGCUUUGAUUCGAGGCAUUUGUAAUUUUGGAGUGUACCCUAAUCAGCCUGUACCCGCUAUGCUUUGGAGUGUUUCUUCGAGUCAAACUAUAUUGAAAAGUAAUUACAAAAAAAUAAUAAUAAUAAUAGUAAUAUGUGGCGAGUUGUGUUGUUUUUUGUUGUGUGCGCCCUGUUUCUGGGUUUUGUUUUUUGUUUUGUUUUCGUCUGGAUUUUGAGUUGAUUAGUAAUAAAGAACCAUCAUUCUCUGAAGAGAAUUCAGAAUCGGUCAUGCAGCUUGGCACGCUAGCAUUUUAUGAUCUGAAACAUAAAUGUUA